GGAGCUGGAGCCCGAACGGUUGCCACCGCCCGCCCGCCCUCCGGGAGAGCCGGGGAAGCAGCUCGGAGCGGCCGCGGCAACGAGAGAGCCAGGCCGGGCCCGGAGCACGCGGCCCGCCGCCCGAGCGUGCGCGCCUCACAGAGCCCCGCGCGGACGGCGGCGAGAUGAGUUUACAACUAAUUUUCUGGGUUGGACUGGUCAGUUGCUCAAUUUGUCAAGUAUUUGCCCAAACAGGUGGAAAUGACUGCUUAAAAGCAAAUGCAAAAUCAUGUGGAGAAUGUAUACAAGCAGGACCAAAUUGUGGAUGGUGCACAAAUUCCUCAUUUUUACAAGAAGGAAUGCCUACUUCUGCCCGGUGUGAUGAUUUAGAAGCAUUAGAAAAGAAAGGCUGCCGUCCACAGGACAUAGAAAAUCCUAGAGGCGACAAAACUAUCCGGAAAAAUAAAAAUGUGACAAAUCGCAGUAAAGGUACAGCAGAAAAACUCCAGCCUGAAGAUAUUACCCAGAUCCAACCACAGCAGCUAAUCUUGAAGUUACGCUCAGGAGAACCACAGACAUUUGCAUUGAAGUUCAAGAGAGCUGAAGAUUAUCCUAUUGACCUCUAUUAUCUUAUGGAUCUCUCUUACUCCAUGAAAGAUGACUUGGAGAAUGUGAAGAGUCUUGGAACAGAUCUGAUGUAUGAAAUGAAGAGAAUCACUUCUGAUUUCCGCAUUGGAUUCGGAUCCUUUGUGGAGAAAACUGUGAUGCCGUAUAUUAGUACAACACCAGCUAAACUCAGGAACCCUUGCACCGGCGACCAGAAUUGUACCAGUCCCUUUAGCUACAAAAAUGUGCUCAAUCUCACAGAUAAAGGGGAAGUGUUUAAUGAGCUUGUAGGAAAACAGCACAUUUCUGGCAAUUUGGAUUCUCCAGAAGGGGGAUUUGAUGCAAUCAUGCAGGUUGCAGUUUGUGGAUCAUUAAUUGGCUGGAGAAAUGUUACACGACUAUUGGUUUUUUCUACUGAUGCUGGGUUUCACUUUGCUGGAGAUGGUAAACUCGGUGGAAUUGUUUUACCAAAUGAUGGACGAUGUCACCUAGAAAAUAAUGUGUACACAAUGAGCCAUUAUUAUGAUUAUCCUUCUAUCGCUCACCUUGUCCAAAAACUCAGUGAAAAUAACAUUCAGACAAUUUUUGCAGUUACAGAAGAAUUUCAAGCUGUUUACAAGGAACUGAAGAAUUUGAUCCCCAAGUCAGCGGUAGGAACAUUGUCUGCAAAUUCCAGCAAUGUAAUUCAGUUGAUCAUUGAUGCAUACAAUUCUCUAUCUUCAGAAGUCAUUUUGGAAAACAGCAAAUUGCCAGAAGGAGUAACAAUAAAUUAUAAAUCUUACUGCAAGAAUGGAGUGAAUGGCACUGGAGAAAAUGGAAGAAAAUGUUCUAAUAUUUCCAUUGGUGAUGAGGUUCAGUUCGAGAUUAGCAUCACCUCCAACAAAUGCCCUAAGAAGGACACAGAAACCAUCAAAAUUAAGCCUCUAGGUUUCACCGAAGAAGUAGAGAUUAUGCUCCAGUUUAUCUGUGAAUGUGAGUGCCAGAGUGAAGGCCUUCCAAAUAGUCCAGAGUGUCAUGAGGGAAAUGGAACAUUUGAAUGUGGUGCCUGCCGGUGCAACGAGGGACGUGUUGGUAGACAUUGUGAAUGUAGUACAGAUGAAGUAAAUAGUGAAGACAUGGAUGCUUACUGCAGGAAAGAAAAUAGUUCUGAAAUUUGCAGCAACAAUGGAGAAUGUGUCUGUGGACAGUGUGUUUGUAGGAAGAGGGAUAAUACAAAUGAAAUUUAUUCUGGCAAAUUCUGUGAAUGUGACAAUUUCAACUGUGAUAGAUCCAACGGAUUAAUUUGUGGAGGAAAUGGUGUUUGCAAGUGUCGAGUGUGUGAGUGUAACCCCAAUUACACUGGCAGUGCCUGUGAUUGCUCUUUGGAUACAACUUCAUGUAUGGCAUCAAAUGGGCAGAUCUGCAAUGGCCGAGGAGAAUGCAUAUGUGGCUCCUGUAAAUGCACCGAUUCUAAAUUCCAAGGGGCAACUUGUGAAAUGUGUCAGACUUGCCUUGGUGUCUGUGCUGAGCACAAAGAAUGUGUUCAGUGCAGAGCUUUUGAUAAAGGAGAAAAAAAAGACACAUGUGCAGAAGUUUGUCCAGACUUCAACAUUACCAAAGUAAAAAGUCGAGAAGACUUACCCCAGCCUGGCCAGCGGGAGGCCCUGUCCCACUGUAAGGAGAAGGAUGUUGAUGACUGCUGGUUCUAUUUUACAUAUUCAGUUAGUGGAAACAGUGAUGUUGUUGUUCAUGUGGUGGAGACACCAGAGUGCCCCACUGGCCCGGACAUCAUCCCAAUUGUAGCUGGGGUGGUUGCAGGAAUCGUGCUCAUUGGCCUUGCGUUAUUGCUGAUUUGGAAGUUGCUGAUGAUCAUUCAUGACAGAAGAGAAUUUGCUAAAUUUGAAAAGGAGAAAAUGAAUGCAAAAUGGGACACGCAAGAAAAUCCGAUUUACAAGAGUCCUAUUAAUAAUUUCAAGAAUCCAAACUAUGGACGUAAAGCUGGUCUCUAAAUUUCCGGUGAAAAUCCAAUUUACAAGAGUGCAGUGACAACCGUGGUCAACCCUAAGUAUGAGGGCAAAUGAACAUGCUUAUGCAAGUCUACAACCUUGUCAACAGGAGCAGUUUGUUGUAUUUUCACAGUAAAAUAGCUUUAAGGCAAUACUGUAGUGGUUUUACUAACUCAUUACAUGGAUGUUUUCCUAUGCAGGUUUUGAAAAUGUACAGUAUGUAUAAUUUUUUGCAAAUAGAGUUAUAAUCAGUGCCAUGGACUUGCACUUGAGGUAGGAUCUUGAUCCUAGUCAGCUGAGGUCACAUUGUGCCUUUUUGACCUUUUCCCUCUUGAGCUAUAGAUAAUAACCUAGAGGUUGUUAGUAAAUAUAGGCUACUGCUAAGAAUAAUUUGAGAGGGAAAUGGUUAAAGUAAUCAGCAUGAUGAGGUCUAUCCAUUAAGUAUUAAAUGGAAUUUUAGCUUUACAAAAAUAUCAGGGCUUGAGUUUGCAAAUACAUUGAAUCCAAAGUAAUUGCUUAUCCUAUUAGCUUAGUUAGAAAUACUGCUUUUAAAAUGAUCUUACUGAGGUUUGCGUGUGAGACACCUCUGAUUGAUUACAUUGCUGGAACUUAAGCAAAUUGAAAAUUAAACAUGUAAAAAGUUUUUAAAAUAUUUGAUUAGUAUUUUCCUACUCUCUACAGGAGGACUAAAAAAUGUGGAAUGAAUUGAAAGUAUUAGGAGUGGGGGAAUUAGCUUUAAACCAAUCUAUUGCCGUUUUCAAGGGUUACUAGUCUCUUGUAACUUUUAUGCCUUUAUUUGUAAAUUCAAGCCAGGGCCUAUAAUACUGCAAACUAUCCUGCAAAACAGUCCUUGAAAAAUAUUAUUUACAUAAAGGCCUUAAUUCAUGUGGUAUCUGCUGACUGGGGACUUUUUAGUUUAAAAUGCUUCUAUUUUAUUUUAUUUUGUUGAAAGCCUGGUGCUUUUGGUCACCGUUUCUAAUCUUUUAAUGUAUUUGAUUACCAUUUUUGUAAAAUUUUGUAUUGACACUUUUCUUUUGCCACCUGAGCUGUAAAUUCUGCCUUUUCAGCAAACACAAGAGGUUUUACUGUGAUGCAUAGGACGAUCCUAGCUCUACUCUCUUAUUUUCAACAAGUGCCAUAACAGAGCAUUGUACAUUUGCCUCUGGCCAUUUGAAUUGCCCAUCUUGUUCCCUCCUAGUCACAUCCUUGUUUUAAGUGCCUUUUUGUUUAACAGUUGUUCACUUUUUACAGUGCUAUUGAAGUUAUUUAUUGAAUAAAAAUGCCUAAAAUAACCAAAUUAGAUUUGUUCUCUUUGUAUUAUAUAUGUUCCUUUCUCUCCUCUACCCCAAAACUUUUGACAAGUUAAUCAUGGAGGUGGGGAGGUUAAUGCAUAAGGAUGCAGACUAAUUUUCUAAAAAUGUUGGUGUGAGGGUCCUCCAGAAUAAUGAGUUCCUCAUUGGUUGUUUCAUAAGCGUUGUGUAGGCCUGGGGCGGGGGAAGAAAGGAGCAGCACUUAAAGAUGGAAUAGAUGCACCCCCAAAAGGAGGAAGAGCCCCUUGGACCCUGCAACAACUCUGAUAACCCUUUGCAAGGUAUACAAAUGGAGCACCUUGAGGAAGAGAGGAAAUGGGGAGAGAACCCUGAAGACAGAAGACUCGGCAAAUGGGAAUAGUGAGCCCAUGUGUCCAGGAAUAUUAUAGAAGACAUUCCUGGCAUUGGAUGGGAGGAAAGGAUUCUUUCCAUUUCUGAGAUUCUUUAUAGCAGCUGUUCUGUAUCCAACUGUCUUCCUUUCCUUAAGUGCAGCCCACUUGGCUGAUGUUAACAGGGCAUACUGUUCAUGAAGUAUGGCAUAAGAAGUCCUGGUGAAGGGCUCAGAAAAUCUGAGCAGGUGAUUGAUAAAAGGAAUCCCACACUAUUGGCAAUGGAGCAUGUGGCAAAAGAUGUCACUGAAAAGCCCUUUCUGGCUGUCUUACCAACUAGUUCUCCCUAAUCAUGUUUGUUAAAUAUUAAUUUCUUUGCCUAUUUUUUAUUUGUAGGCUUAUCAAACACUAAUCUUUUUACACAUUUGUAUCCAUUCAUUUGGUAUGUUUCUCUUUUUUUUCCUCCCCAACACAAAUAGUCUUGAUGCUUUAUAUGUUACGUAUGGUAGAUAAAUUGCACCUCACAGAUUGGUAUUUUGUUUCCUUAUUUUUCUAUGUAAAUGUUAUGAUUUUGUUUAAUUCUUGAAUCUUCUCCUUAUUUUUUAAAUUUUUCAUUAAAAUACAAAUUAAUUUGGGAAAUGUAGUUUUUUACAAUAUUCGCUUGACCUAUGAACAUUGAAUGUUAGUUAUUUAGAUCCUCCUUUGUUUUGGGUAAUGUGAUUUUAUAGAUGUACUCAAACAAGUCCUGUACAUUCCUAUUUAAGUUAAUUCCCAAAUACUUCAUAGUUUCUAUUGUUAUAUCUUCAUUAUUUUGUAUCUUUAUUAAUAAGAAUGUAUAUGAUUUAUGGGUUAAUCUUAUGUUCUGCAACUCUCUCUCUUGAUUUUCAGGUUUAGAUAAUUGGGUUUUCAAGACUAUCCAGUCAUCUACAAACAGUAACAUUUUGCCCCUUUAUUUCCCAUACUAAUCCCUCUAAUUAUAUUCUUACUAUAGUUGAUAGAAUUUCUAGUAGUAGGUCAAAUAAAAAUGGCAAGUUGAGGAAUCCUUGCUUUGUACUUUUUUAUUGGAAAUGCUUUUAAAGUUUUUCCAGUCCAUAUUGUAUUGAUUCUGGACUUGGGGUAGAUAAUCUUUUAUGUGUUGAGAGGAAAAUUCCUCUAUUGUUCUUUUUA